ACGCGGAAGCGGUGCAGAGCAGUGUCGGCGGGGCUGCCCCGGCAGCGGCACUGGCACCACCGCGAUGUCCGCGGACUUCGAGAGCUACGAGCAGGACUUCGCCGUGCUCACGGCCGACAUCACCGGCCGCAUCGGCAAGGUGCCCAAGCUGGUAGGAGAUGAGAAGAAGCAGAUGGUUGCAAAUGUUGAGAAACAGCUUGAAGAAGCAAGGGAACUGCUUGAGCAGAUGGAACUUGAAGUUCGAGAGAUCCCACCUCAAAGCCGAGGAAUGUACAGCAGUCGAAUGAGAAGCUACAAACAAGAAAUGGGAAAACUUGAAGCUGAUUUCAAAAGGUCACGAAUCGCCUACAGUGAUGAGGUGCGGAAUGAGCUCCUAGGGGAUGACGGGAAUUCCUCAGAGAACCAGUUGAUAAAAUUACGUGAAGAGAGGGCACAUCUGCUCGAUAACACAGAGAGGCUGGAAAGGUCAUCUCGGAGACUAGAGGCUGGAUACCAAAUAGCAGUGGAAACCGAGCAGAUUGGACAGGAGAUGCUUGAAAACCUCAGCCAUGACAGAGAGAAGAUCCAGCGUGCUCGGGAAAGGCUUAGAGAAACAGAUGCAAACCUGGGGAAGAGUUCCAGGAUUUUGACGGGAAUGUUGCGAAGGAUCAUCCAAAACCGGAUUUUGAUUGUUGUCCUGGCAGUCAUCGUCAUCUUCACCACCAUGAUGGCUAUUUUUUUUUCUGUCAGGGGACGCUGAUAUCUUUGUUCUUCACUAAACAGCAACAAACUGCUUGUUCUCAGUAAUUAAGACAAAGUGGUCACAUGAAUCAUUCUCUUGCACUGACAGAGUCUCCCUCUCUUUUCCACUCUUCAACUCAGGUGCAAGUGGUGUAAAAUAUUUUGUAUUAUUGAUGGCAUAGUUGAUGGCAUGUGGGGCUAUUAUUUUCUUACAUUUUUUGUCUUUAUCUGAGUGUUUUCAGGAUAUUAAUAUUUGUUGGAGUGAGGGCUUGUUCUGGUAUAAAAAGACUUAAUGUGUGUUGAAUUCAAGCCCAGACAAUUAGUCUGUAAGUUGCCAGAGUUUAGCAAGGGAAGAGGGGUCUCUGCACUUUUCUUGUGCUAUGAGGGGUGUGUGAUUAUCAAGCAGUAUCUAACUCUCCGUUAUAUAGAAUAUAAGUAAAGCAAAGACCAAAUGGUGUAGAAAGUGAACCUGUCUCCUGUGACUGACUCCUGAUCAUGCAUUAUCGUAAUAGAUGUAACUUGGUUAAGAACAGUAGCCAGUUUUAGAAAGAGAGCAACCUUAGGAUGAUGUUUAAAAUAUGAUGUGAAUGCAAUACUCAAUUUAACAAUUUUUUUGUUUAAAAUUAGGCUUUGUUUUCUGCUUAUUCAAAGCAAUUCCACUUUCAUCAAGAUUAUGAAAAUGCAUCACUUACCUAAAAUGUAGUUGUGACCACAGCCCAUCUAUUGAAUCUCUUUUAAAUCUUCCGUUGUUGAUAUAUGUACUGAUAAGCAUACACACUAGGCCCUAAAUGAAGACAUAUAAAGAUUCUUAUCUAUUUGUUGCUGAUUGAAAAGAAAUCCUAAGUAAUAGUUCAGUGACAAAUGUGUGAUUAUAGUGCAUUAAACAAAAAUCUAGAUUUUUAAUAUUGGCCUGACUAUGUCAAGACUGCAUGUUGGAAAUAUUUGAAGUGUAUUAAAUUCUGAUGUGAUAUUUGCCUUUUUAAACAGAAACUGUAAAAAUGUUAAUUUAUACAUGCUUUUAGUUAAUAUAAUAUAUCACAGUUUCAUCUACCUGUGUGUAAAUGAGCUGUUUCUCUUUUCCUAUUGGCUGUGCUUAUCCUAUAGACAGGUUAAGGUCAUUUGGCUUAUAAUUAAGCUAACAAUUCCAACAAAGGUCUAUUUCUGGUGAUAUGAUAAAGUAAUUUUCAUGAUAACUUUUAAAUUCAUUAUUUGCAAUCCCUUACAAAUAUUACAAAUUAAGUGGAAUUUUAAGCCCUUGAACUCCAGCCAUGAAUUCUUUCCAGAAAGAUAUUCAAAGAAACAAAAAGCUGCUGAGUUUUAAAUUCCCCCCCACAUUAGGUAGCACCAAAUUCUCAUGUGUGCCUUAGUACUUUUGGGGUUUUGGCAUCCCUGUCGUCUCUGCCGACUUGCUGUGCUCCUUAGGAGCUGGUUUUGAGAUAAACAUCUGGGAGUUGAUUUUAGCCCUAAAUAUGUCUCCUGUUUUCUCUACAUGGAAAAAACAAAUAGUUAAAAGGUUGUGGUGCUGAUGCCACAUAUAAGACAUAGAAAGAUGGUGAUAAAUGUAGAAUGAAAGGAUGCACAGGAAAAAUGUUAUUCAUUGAAACGAAUGUAAGCAUGUAUGGUCAGCUCUGGUGUCUGUGUAUUACAUGCAGCUCACAACAAAGUUUAGAAGUGGUUUAUGUGCCAGGUUUCCCUACCAGCUCGUGUCAGUGGCUGUAGGAUUGUGCUGGUGCAAAAGUUCCCGGGUAAUGCAGACCCACAGUUUCAGGAGGUGGUGUUCUGUGCAGCACAGCUCAGUCAUGUUCGGCUCCUCACCUUGAUGGCCCUGCACUGUCACAGGGUCCUGGGACCCUCCUGGCCGCCUCCUGUGGUAUCCUCCCCUUUCAUCCUUGUGAAGUGUGUGGCAUAUACCAUGUGGCUUUCAGACACGGAAAGAUUUGGGUGUUCAGCUACCAGCCUUCAGUCACAAUGUGCACUCAGACUAAGUGCUUUGGGUUGUGUAAGCAGAGCUCUCGCCGUUAGCUUCAAGUGAUGGCACUGAGCUGACUUCAGACAAAUUAGGAUGAAGCCUGGCAGCAUUAGGAGAUAUUUAUCCUCUCCUCGGCAAAUUAGGAGAUGCAUAUUCUGUAAAGCAGAAAACUGUCAAGAAGGAAAUCUUAAACUCCGUCUGUUGCCUAGACAUUCUCCACGUUGCCUCUAUAAUUUAACUAUCAUGGGAAUUGAUUCAUGACUACUGAUCUUAACAGUGACCUAUGACUAGGUUUUGCCCUCUAUCUAGCCACCUGCUGGAAUCAGCAAAAAGCUGAAAGGAAGCUAGUUUUCCUUAUCCCAGUAUAAAUCUAGGGCAUAGUGUCACAUCAGAUACAUCCACUCAGAUAGAAAUGAGGGAGAGAGAGAGACUGCCACGCAAAGCCUUCAUCUUCACUUUUGAUGAGCCCACCAUCGCUAUGUUUCUCUUGCUAACCUGUUAAUAACUCCUCUGUGCCUGCUUUGCAUCCUCGACUACUCCCCACAUGUAAAAUAGUGCUCGAGUGGACAUUGCACCCUUCAAAACACAAUAUUACUCUUCACUCUCCCCUUUUCAUCCAGCUCAGGAAGUGUAGGGGUGAGAUGUACCAAAUCCACACAUUUUGGUGGGGACUGAGUGACUUCAACCGAGAACACAGCCUGAACCACCCACAGGUAGGGUGACACCCCCAGGUCCACGGUUCCCCUGAACUAGUUUGGUUGCAUCUAUAGCAUAUCUCUGAAUGAAUCCAAGUGCUUACAAAUGUAAACCUCAAAGAGCAAAAUGUUUCUAAUGUUGCCAGCCUUUGUGGAGAAAUGACAAAUUAAAAAACACAUGCACGGUGCUGUGUGCGAAAUUCAUCCUUGCUAAACAGCUGGGCUCACAGAAUAAAUAAACUAAUUCUGCACUGAUACAAAAUCAAAAGCAAUUUAAUUAAAGACUCUUAAGUUUUAAAGGGUUUUAAAUGCUAUACGUUUUGGGGAAAUAUCAGAAAAUGUAGCUUGACUGACGUCAGUUCUCAUCUCUGGGAUGGGAGGCCAUUUGCUAUUCUGUUUAAGGCAGGCUGGAUUGUCUUAUUUUGGAGCCAGCUUGGUGGGGGGUUUUCUUUGCUGCUGCUUCAGAGCUCUGAGCUUCAAAGGCUGAAAUUAAUGGUGAACAAAAUUGUGCGGCUCUGACCAUCCCAUGCGGGGCAAACCCAUCGAGGGUUAUCAUUAAGUAAAGAAAUAAAGAAAAAAAACCCUGCCAGUUCCAAGAAAACCUCAUCAGAUAAUGACCUCUGUGAUUGGGUUUUCAUUACCAAACAGCAUCCAGAGAUUGUCUGCCCCAUAGAAGAAAAAAAAAAAAGAAAAGAAAAAGCAACUGUGUCUCUCUCUCUUUCUCUCUUUCGCUCUCUCUCUCCUUUUUUUUUUGCACAUCUUUUCUUUAAACCUGUCAGAUCAUUUCAGUAUUUCAAAUCCGAGGAAAACAGCCUGCCUGCUGCUGUAUUUGAAGUUGUAAUGGUGUCAAAAAGUCACGACUGACUGACAGCCGUCAGUCCCAGAGGAGCUCAUUAAAUCAUAAAAACUUGACAAGGAAAUAAUUGAGCAUCACUGGCAACUUGGCGCCUGUUUAGACGUUUUUAUUUUCUUUCAUUAUUAGUCCCCACCAUUACGUUCAUUAACAAAUUGCAUUAAACAACUGUUAAGGGCUAAUGAUUUGUUUAUCGCUUUUUUUUAUUAUUAUUAUUAUUAUUUAAACAUUAGCUGCGUCAUGUGGUACCUCAGCAGCCUCAUACUAUCAUCUGACUGAAUAUUUUUCCACUCAGAGCUCUGGGUACUGCUGGAAUAUGAAAUAGAUUAUUCAUUACCCUCCUCUUUGCCACUGAUUUGGUUUCAUGUAGCGUCUUCCACAGAGAAAGAUGAAAACUUGUCAAAAAUAGGUUAUAUCUUAUUCUAAGGGCAACAAUAGCAGCAGGUACAGGCACACUUUAAUAUUUAAUUAAGGCUGAUGUUAACCCCUUUAAAUGACUUUAGCUGUGAGUAAUAUUCAAGUGCAGAAGAGAAAAAUAAUGGUACUUAAUUUGCAAACUGUACAGCAGGCAUUCAUCUUCGAGUUACUAGCAAAUUUAUAGAAUAAUUUUAAAUAAUGAAAUUUCCAAUCAUAAAUAUUUAUGUCCACUUUUUUUUUUUUUACACAGUCAUAAAUGGACCACUUUUGCAUGCAUCCUAAAUAAAAAAAUCCAUGUCCUUUUCUUUUUUUUGUUUUGAACUGCACCACUCACAUUUCAAAAUCUGGUCGGACUUUGUAGGGGGGGAAAGAGCUACAUGUGGAUCCCCAGUAAAGUUGUUAGCUGCGGUAAUGACUUGCAUGGUUCUGUUUCUAGCAACUUGACAGCUUAUGAUAAACUUCAGGAGGAUGUGGGCUCAGGCUUCCUUUUUUUUUCCUUUUGGAGGGGACAGCAUUUGUUUUGGCAUUUUUUUUUGUUUUUGUACAAAACCAUGAGAAGGUUUUGGUUUGAAACAGAUAAAAAUAGCUGCUACUUUUUAUAGAAGAAGUAUUUAUCUCUAAGUAUAUUUUCUCUGUGUAGUUUCAGUUGUAAAUAAUCCUCUUACAGAAGGAGAAGCUUCAGGAGAAUUUUAAGAUGGUAAAAAAGGAAACAGUCAAAGGCAGGGUACAUGUUAGUCUUCCUUUGCUUUAUAAUAGUCAGUCUUUGAUCUUUUCUUACUCAAUACAUCUGAAUGCAGUUCGCAUUCAGCAUUUACGGUGGGUCCCUAUGUAGGGCUGAUGGCAGAGACGGCGAGCGAGGUGCGAUGACGUAUAGUGGGAUGCUGCAGAGCAAACCCUAGUAGGCAAAGCUCCCUCGCGCUUCCUUGGGAUAAUUUGUCACUUCUGGAGUCACGUGGGGGAAGAGGCAUGUAGCAGGUGAAUAUUUUAUCAACUACUGCCUGGCAAUGGAUGUUAUCAUACGCCCUGAGCAGCCUUUGGCUACAGUGGCCAGAGCAGCACACUGGCUCCUUGACGUACCCACAGCCUGACGUGGGUGCACUGUCCCGGCUCUGUGCAUGUCGGGAAACAGAGGUGCAUGGUGAAAAGCAUUUUAGCAUCCUCAACAGCCGUGCUUUAUUUGUCACACAUAAAUAAUGAAGGCAUCUACAGGAGAGGGAAGGGAAAAAAAGAGCUUAUAUACUGAGAACCAGUGAACUUGUGCACUCUUUAUCCCUUCAUCCGAACAACUGCCUUUGGCAUGAAUAACGGCUCAGCUGAUACCAAGCUCCAUAUUGAUCUGUUGCUCAGGAAGGUCUGCUGGUAGUUCCUUGGACUUUUCCUGAAGGUAUGGGCCAUAACAGGUCGGUACUGUUGGGACCUAUGCUUCUAUCUCCAUCUCAUGCCAGACAAGUUCAACAGGGACGGACCCAGAAAGGGGGAGCUCCCAGCCCUCGGUCUGUGCAGCUCUCUGUUUCCCACAAACACAUAGAUGUGAUUACCUCUUCAUGUCAGAAAACCUACUUGAGGGACUGUUGUGCCCAAGUAUAAGUAAAAUGGUGUCUGCAGUUGGAGAGGCAUCCUGGAGUGGAUCUGGGAACAGUCUGCUUUUCCCCAGGCAGCAAAAAUUUUUUUAAAAACUCUACAUAACCUACAAAUACUUCUUAUUCUGUGGGGUAGGCUAAGAGUGAGGAGCUGUAUUAUCCACAGGUGGUACCUCCGCACCAUCCAGGCACUGCAGUGUUUUGGUGAACUGCUGCAGAUUUAUCUUGCAAUUCUGGGAGUGCAGCCUAGGUGCUCCCUCACUGCUUUUAGCCUUGGCCUUAUCACAAGAAGAGAUACUGGGUUGUGGUGGUGGUAUAACUGAGGAAGGAUGUAAAGUCUGCAAGCCAAGGUUUCCUGUGGGGCCAGUGCCUGUUCAUUAAUGGGACAUUCAGGAGCAUGCAAAGUGAAAGGGUUAGGUGGAUGUCUGUCCUGCCAGAGAGCACUGUUGGAAAGUGAAAGUUUUACACAUUUUAAAGGGUCCUAAGCAGUUCAGAACCAUUAAACUCUACAGGAAAGCAGCCUGUCCCUGCUGUCCUGUGGCCAGAGAGGUCAAUAAUGCUGCCAAGCCUGCAUUGCCAGCGUUAUGGUGCGUGCUUCCUACUGGCUGCCAUGUUGUGACUGCUCUCCUGGACCAAACCCAAAGAAAACCUUCUAUUGCUGCUUCUUUGUUCAGUUGCAUUCUCCGUUCAGACCCAUGACCUUGUCCAGUCAGCACUGUCGCCAGUGAACAUAAUCUGCUUCUGUGGAUUUAAUGAACUUUCCAGUUCUCUUCUGCACCCAGCUAAGUAACAUUGCCUCUUGCCUGAGUUGCAUGCCUUGCCUGCAUGCAUUUGUCUGUAUGUUCUCCUUUUAUUGACAUUGCUUGAAGGAGUUGUAGCCAGGCAUGCCUACCAAAGCAGCAAAAAAAUACCCUAUGAGUUUACCACAGCACUAGAAAAUUGCUUGUAAGUAAAAAUAGUAUUUAGCCUUCUCUUCUUAGUAGAAACAUGCUUAUGCCUUUGCUCUGUCUCAUUUGAUGAAUUUGUCUUCCCAUCCCCUGCUAACUUUGAGACUUUGACCAAAUUCAGGCAUAUGUAAUAGAAGAGCAGAGCUCUCAAAAAUUCCUAUUGGUUUCAGGAAAAAAAGCAGCCAAGGGGAGAGACGUCCCACUGGCAUCCCCACCAAGAGAAAGGCUGCAGUGUGACAUCCACCCAAAUUGGACACUACCUGGGAGGGAGAAAUUAUAAAUGCCUCUCUCCCCAGGAAAAGCUCACAUCCCAUUUAGAUACUAGAGAAUCCAACCCCGAGGAAACAAGGCCUCAUUAGUGUCAUUGCUGGAGGAACUACUUAAUUAAAGGACAACAGAGUUGAGAGCAUUGUUAUGUAGGCCUUUGUUCCUUAUACCUGGUCAUUUCCAUUGAUGUAAAAUGUCAUCUUUCUGAUCUGGUAGCAUUUUGCACCCACUUUAGACAAGUAUUCCUGACCAGCCGAGGAGGUGCAGAGCAGGGAAGAAUCAGACCUUAUUACUGAGGUAAUUAUAGCCUCACCUAACCAUCAGGCGAAGGGUGUACACCUCUAUUAGCCAGUGCUCCUACAAAGAGAACAAAGGCUGGCUGCAAAGUGGGAGCCACCCAAGGAGCAUCCCUGUGUCCAGCUGCACCACUCUGGGGCAGCAGACACGCUGGGGAGGUCAUGACCACAGGCUCCCGCAUCACCCAGUCUCCUGCUUGCCUUCCUGACUUUAAAUCCAGCUUGGCUUAGCAACACUGGUGAAGGCCGUGAGGUGGGGAGACUAAAACAGGGAACAGUACCAUCACGGAGGAAAUCAGCUCAGUUAUAAUGCUAAAGGAGGUAGGGGGUGGCUUUCAAAGCUUGUCUCAGCAACUAGCCUAAUUCUAUUUUCAAAAGCCACUGUUGAGUGCUUUUGAAAAUUUCAUCCUAGAUGCUUGGCUCAAAGACCUUAACCAAAGAUUUAUUUUUUUUCUCUGCUAUAUGAAAGCUAAAUAUAAACCGACUUUAUUGAACAAAAACCUAACAAAACCCCUGUUGCAGGUCUAGAAAAAUCUUUACUGAGAAAAUCAAAUUAUUGGAGACCAGCAUCUGAAGCCUCCUUCAGGUUCGGAUGCCUCUUGUUUUGUAUACGCGGUUUGGCAUACAAAAAAAAAAUAUUUCUAACAGCAAAUAUUUGCUUUCUGUUCUUUUUGUCUUCUCCUUAUUUGCCUUUUGUUCUCCUGCCCUCAGAAAAUCAAGACCCGAGUGUCUCCGGAUGAGCAGUUAAAGUUGCUUUAGAACACAUGGAUUAGUCUAUUUUACCCACACAAGUAGGUGCAUAUGUGUGUCUACUGUUUGAACAGCGUCUUAAUGACUUUUCCACUGAUGGGCUGUGGACCACAGGCAAGUAAUAAAGUUAGUCUGUGCCUCAGUUUACCCACCACAACUUCAUUAAUGCUAACCUACCUCACGAGGUGUUGUAAUGUUUAAUAUAUUGUGUGCUCUGUAAUCCUUGGAUUAAAUGUAUUAUGUAAGUGAAAAGCACCCAUUUGAUGUGUAUGUAAAUGCUGCAGUAUUAUAGGUAGGAGGGUCAUUUGGGUGUAAGUGUAAUACAAGCGCUGGCAAAAGGCAAAAGGGAUUCCAUUGUAUUGACUUAUUUUUAAAGAGCUUUUUAUUUACUCAAAUGCUCUGGACACCCAGAAGGAGAGACAUUCCUCACUAAGCAGCUCUGCUGUUUCAUCUGUCUUGGAGUGCUUUGAUAAAUGGAUUGAAACUUGUCAGCUUUUUCUGUAGUUUCUGAGACUCCCUCUGGAAACUGUGUUGAAAUGUUAUUAUUGUAACUUCUUAGAGCACUACUUAAUGAAUUGUAACAGAUAUCCCUGCGAGUUCUGCAGAUGCUGUGAGGACUGCACUUCCUUCCCUUUCCACAGCAGAAGCAAACCAGUGCCACCACAAACACCAGGCACAGAGUGCACGUUCCCAGCCACCAAAACAGCUGGUAUCUUGCAGGGACAACACUUCUUACCUUCUUAAGGCUUCAUCCCCAGACUUGUGUCCGUCUGCGUGAUCAGUCAAGCUCCAGGGACAUUGAACAUAGCCAGAUGUUGUCCUUUGAAUUGAAGAAUAAUUUAAUCUUUUAAGAAGAAACCUUAAGAAGGAUGACAAUUAUUGUGGGUCUAGGUCUGUGUUGGUUGAUUUCCUCUGUCUCUAGGAUGAGGUGUUGUAGUAGUGCCUGAACUAUCCUGCAGCUUGGACUGGUGACUUAGACAGUCUGAAUUUGCACUACCCACAGGUCCUAGCUGCCCUCAGAGCAGCUCUUUCUCAGACAGACAACAGUUACAUGACAUUACCACAUGGACAGAUGAGAUGAAUGGAGGGAGCAAUAAGUGUGGCACCUUCUCUGAAGCACAGGACUGACCCUUCAGGGCCAUUAGAUCUGCUCGAGGAAAUCUGCAGAAAGGGUGGUCAGAGGUACCUGACAGGGACACAUGUGUUGCAUGGAGCUAGAGAGCAGAAAGAAGUCAACUAUGAUGAGGUCAUCUUGAACCCCAGUAAUGUCCUAUCCUGUUGCAUCCUGCAGUGGAGCAGUGGGAUGCCUUGGUGACUUCUGAUUUCCUGCCUCCAACUUAUUCAAAGGAAUCUUGCUCCUCCUCUGCUCUCUCCAGAGCAGGGGUGGUGUGACCACUGAUAUACUUGGUUUGGCAGCUUGGUUGUGCUGGGUAGGCUCAAAGAUCCUUGUCCUGAUGCAAUGGUCACUUGAGAGUUUAAAAGUUUUUUCGUUUUUUUCUAUUUUUUUUUUUAAGUCUUCUCGCUGGGUUUUAGUUGUUUUUAUAAGAAUACAGAAUUGAGCUAUUGAUAUUCACGUUGUCACGAAGUACGAAAUGGCCAACUGCACAACCCCCACAGCAUCACCAGUUGUGCCCCAUGCCCCAUGUGGUUCAGCUGGCAGGUGCCAUAGACAGUGCUGCCCAUCUCCAGCCUGAAAAAUAAAAGUGUGCCUUCCCCUGGCCUCCAAACAUGAACUUGGGCCAUCCUGAGUGAGGUCUUGAGGAAGAACGGAGGGGGAAUUUUGGAGAAGGUCCUGAUCAGUGUGGUAUAGGAUCAGAACUAUGAGGUGGCUGUGUAUAGGUCAGAUGUCCCCAGUGAGGCCUCAGAGGUACCUCCAUUGCUCUCAGCACAUUGAAGCCAUCUGUGAUUAUUCUCAGCCUUUUAUUUCACUUUUUAUUAAUAUUUUGCAUAUUAAAAUUUGUGUAGGCAGCCAGAAGAGAGCAGCAUCUACACAAUACUCGAUGCAAUGGAGAGGAUUAGGAAUCAGUGGCUCAGUUCAUUGGGACCUAAACUGGGGGGCUGUGGGGGUGAUAAAGUGUCCUUUCUUUACACUACAUUUUAAAAGUACUUUCAAUUUCUUUCUGUGUGCCCUUACUAAAAUACAUCUAUGACCAAUACUGCUUUGUGGUCUCAGCUGAUAGCUUCAAAAAAUUAAAUAUAACUAGGGUUACCUUGGACUUUUUGCUGAGCUGUUCACAUAUGCUUUUAAAGCUUCUUCCCUCUUCUCAACCAGUCCAAGCCUAUAGGUUCCCAUACCUAGGUACAUUGAUGUCAAAGUAAGAAAUUAUUUUCAAAAUAAGGACUAGUGAAUUGGGAAUUUUUCAACUGCCCUUGCAUGAAAUUCCUCCAAUAUUUUUAUUCACAGUAGGAAUGCUCUGGGAAUCAAACCUGCUAGUUACCUCUGUUUAUUCCUCCCAAAGUGAAAUUGUCCAUGUCCUCUUGUCCCUCGUGAGAUCCUGGAGGAAACUGUCUGUGCACACACAUUGACACAUCUUUGGUGCAUUCCACACGAGCCAGUGAAAUUACACCAGAAAUAUGAAUUUAGCCCACACAGUAUGUGUGUGCUGUGCUGUCCAUACAGGGCACACAUGCACCCCAGCAAACUCUCCCAUUUAAAUUUCAGAAUAAGCCGUUCAAGACAGUCCUGUGUGAUUCCCUUCAUGACUGUGUUCUGUAUACACUUCUUGAAAAUGAAUGGAUAUUCUGUGAAUUUUACCACUUUGCAAAAAUAUUUGACGUGGAUUAGUUGUUUUGAGUGUUGAGGUUUUUGAAAUCUCAGUAAUUGUUAUGAUUGCUAUGUGUAAUAGAAAUUAGAAGGAUGCCUGGGUUUUGGCUUUGAAGCUACCUACUUCUAAGAGGACAUUUUUUAAGUUUUCUUUUUAAGGUGCUUCUUUGUGCCCCAGCUAAACUUUCCUCAGAUUACGUGUUAGCUAUCAUAGCUGUUCUAUAGUUAGAUUUUAAUCAGCCUCGGUACACAGUAAUGUUAAACACUGAAAGAGCUACUAAUUAAUCGCCUUUCUGUAUGUAACAGAGAGAUAAAUAUCCAUCCCGGAGGAAUUGUAAUUUCAUGGUUUCUAAUGAUGGUUAGAUUACAUUAUCUGGAUCACUUAGGCUGUGGGUGUCAUAAAAAAUGCUCAAAGUCAUUUAUAUUCAGUUUAAUUUUUUUUUUAACUUUGUAAGCCUGAGAAAAUAAUGCGGUGUUAGCAAGUCUGUUUCAUAUUUUAGUUAAAUAUACCUUUGUUGCACUGACUGAAUGGAUUCAGAUGACAGUGACAAACUCAGUUCUUUUCUAUUUAACAUGCACCUUCUCCAAUCAAAUUAACAAUGUACAAAUCUUCAUCGGGCUGCUGCAGAAGAGUCUGUUGAGUUCCUCAGCAUUGUUGAGCUUUGGGCAAAGGUUUUCUUUUUGGAUGUCAGUUUGCAAUGAGUGUUUUCUGCUAAUUCUUGUAUGUUCUGUGAAGUCUCAGUUGUCUGUCUUGAACCAAGAAAUAACUGGACUUUUGGGUUGUAUCAGGCUGUGGCUCAAAUAAAAUAAUACAAUCUGA